AUGUCUUUACAAAUGCGCUCGAGGAGUUUUGUUGUUGUUAUUGUUGUUAUUGUUAUUGGGGGUUCCGAGGCCGCUGUUGUUGUUGUUAUUGUUGUUAUUGUUAUUGGGAGUUCCGAGGCCGCUGUUGUUAUUGUUGUUGUUGUUGUUGUUAUUGGGGGUUCCGAGGCCGCCGUUGUUGUUGUUGUUAUUGUUGUUGUUGGGGGUACCGAGGCCAUUGUUGUUGUUGUUGUUGUUAUUGUUAUUGGGGGUUCCGAGGCCGCUGUUGUUAUUAUUAUUAUUGUUGUUGUUAUUGGGGGUUCCGAGGCCGUUGUUGUUGUUGUUAUUGUUGUUGUUAUUGGGGGUACCGAGGCCGUUGUUGUUAUUAUUGUUAUUGUUGUUGUUGGGGGCACCGAAGCCAAAACCGUUGUUAUUAUUGUUGUUGUUAUUGUUGUUGGGGUUGAACUUGUUGAAUGGUCUAGAACGUCACCGUCCCUGAAAACACCGUUUAGCAGUUCUGGAAUUCUCUUUAUCUUUUUAAUCUUCAAUAAACUACUACCUCAGUAUGGUCUUAAAAAACCCGCAGCCAUAAUAAGGCGUAUCGAACUAACUGCGGCGCAUCACACAUGUGAGAAUCAAACGUCAAUCACUAAUAAUAAACAACAACAAUAUGUCGCACAACGGAUAGAUCGUCUCACUUUCAUGGCAGAUGACAUCAAGUAG